AUGGCUUCUCUCUCCACUAUCCACGGCGCUCGCCAACCUCUCCAUCUCUCGCUUCCUUCCAACCGUCUAUCUUUCCCUAAACCUAUUUCCUCGCUCUCCUUCCAUACCCCUCCGCCGCCAUCCUCCUCCUCGCCGUUCAAACUCUCCACCGUCAGGGCUUCAUCCUCGGGCGCUCCCCUCCAUCGGAACCCUAGGAUUUCCCCGGGCGAAUCCCUGAACCCUAUCUUCAAAACCGCGUGCAUCACUCUAACAGCCGCCGCCGCACUAUUCCUCUCCCGGCUGCAUACCAAACCGGCGAUUGCCUCCCCGAUCGCUGCGCCUCCCUUGGUGGAGCCUGCGCCCGGAGAGGCCGCCUCGGAACAGAAGGAUAAUGGCUCCUCUCUGGCCGAAGAAGAGAGAGCCCUGGAGGAGCACCUGGCCCAACAUCCAGACGACAUCGACGCCCUAAGGGCUCUGAUGGAGCUCAAGAUCAAGUCCCGGAAGCUUCCCGAAGCAAUUGGGGUAAUCGACCGCCUGAUGCAGCUGGAGCCCGACGACGACGAGUGGCAGCUGCUCAAGGCCCAAAUUUACAGCUACAGUGGCGACUCCGACUCUUCUACGAAGAUCUUCGAGGAAGUGCUGGAGAAGGACCCGCUUCGGGUGGAGGCUUAUCACGGCCUGGUGAUGGCCUAUUCGGAAGAUGGGCGGUCCAUGAGCGAUGUGAUGAAGCGAAUUGAAUCAGCCAUGAACAGGUGCAAGAAGGAGAAGAAUGCUUCUGAUGCUAGGGACUUCAAGUUGCUGUUGGCUCAAAUUAGAGUGAUGGAAGAGAAGUACGGGGAAGCUCUGAACGUGUAUGAUGAGUUGGUGAAAGAGGAGCCGAGGGACUUCCGGCCAUAUCUGUGCCAAGGGAUCAUAUACACUCUUAUGAGGAAGAGGGAAGAGGCGGAGAAGAAGUUUGAGCAAUUCAAGAAGCUGGUUCCCAAGAAUCAUCCUUACAGAGAGUAUUUCAUUGACAAUAUGUUUGCUACCAAGUUCUUCUCGGAUAAAGUGGACACAGAGAAGGCUUGGUCCAGGAGCUGA